UGUCUCUCUGUCACUCAUCUUCUUCUCCUUCUCAAUUACGCGUCCAUUUUUCAACCCUUUCUUUCUCUUUCUCUUUCUCUCUCUCUCUCUUUGGAUUUCCAUUAAGUCCAGCCAGGUUACAGAACAGACUUGGCUUGUUAAAAUAAGAAAUACCCAUUUGCUUUCAUUGUUUAUUUCCUUAUUAUUGCUCCUCUCAUUGGGCUUCAUUUCUUCUUGGGUUUUUGUUUCUUUGUCGUGGGAGUUAAGGAGCAGACUCUUGUGAAGUGGAUCUCUUGAGUGAGUUUCAGGGAGUGAUUGAGUUUUAUGACCGAGUUCUGAGUCGAUUUUGGCAAGUGGCUUUGUGGUUUUUUCGGUGUCGGUGGUGAGUUAUGGACACUGGAGGGAGACUCAUUGCUGGGUCUCAUAAUAGAAACGAGUUUGUGUUGAUUAAUGCUGAUGAAAAUGCGAGAAUAAAGUCUGUUAAAGAAUUGAGCGGGCAAACAUGUCAAAUAUGUGGCGAUGAGAUUGAGAUUACAGUGGAUGGGGAGUUAUUUGUGGCUUGCAACGAAUGUGCCUUUCCUGUGUGCAGGCCCUGCUAUGAGUAUGAGAGAAGAGAGGGGAAUCAGGCUUGCCCACAGUGUAAAACGAGAUACAAGCGCCUCAAAGGAAGUCCAAGAGUUGAGGGUGAUGAGGAAGAAGAUGAUAUUGAUGACAUAGAUAAUGAGUUUGAUUAUGGGAACCUUGAUGGUUUGGGCCCACAGCAAGCUGCGGAGGGUGCAAUGUCCACACGUUCCCGAUCUAAUUCUGGAAUCCCUGCACGCUCAGAACUGGAUUCCUCUCCCCUUAAUUCUAAUAUUCCUCUCUUGACUUAUGGAGAAGAGGAUGCUGAGAUUUCUUCUGAUCAACAUGCUCUAAUUGUGCCCCCAUUUAUGGGUCAUGGAAAUAGAGUUCAUCCAAUGCCUUAUACUGAUCCAUCUACACCUUUGCAACCAAGACCAAUGGUUCCUCAGAAAGACAUUGCUGUUUAUGGGUAUGGGAGUGUUGCAUGGAAGGAUCGAAUGGAGGAUUGGAAGAAAAGGCAAAAUGAAAAACUUCAGGUAGUUAAGCAUGAAGGAGGAAAUGACGGUGGCAGCUUCAAUGGAGAUGAACUGGAUGACCCUGAUUUGCCAAUGAUGGAUGAAGGCAGGCAGCCACUUUCAAGGAAGUUACCAGUUCCCUCAAGCAAAAUAAGCCCAUACAGAUUGAUAAUCAUUCUUCGACUUGUAAUUCUUGGCUUAUUCUUUCACUAUAGAAUUCUUCAUCCCGUAAAUGAUGCAUAUGGCCUCUGGUUGACAUCUGUAAUCUGUGAAAUAUGGUUUGCUGUGUCAUGGAUUCUUGAUCAGUUUCCAAAGUGGUACCCUAUAACGCGAGAAACAUACCUUGAUAGGCUGUCAAUCAGAUAUGAGAAAGAAGGGAAACCAUCAGAGUUGGCAAGUGUAGAUGUUUUUGUGAGUACGGUCGAUCCUAUGAAAGAACCUCCACUGAUCACUGCAAACACUGUCCUAUCCGUCCUUGCAGUUGAUUAUCCAGUUGAAAAAGUUGCAUGCUAUGUAUCAGAUGAUGGUGCUGCCAUGCUUACUUUUGAAGCACUCUCUGAAACAUCUGAAUUUGCUAGGAAAUGGGUCCCUUUUUGUAAAAAAUUUAGUAUUGAGCCCCGAGCUCCAGAGUGGUAUUUCUGUCAGAAGAUUGACUAUUUGAAAAACAAAGUUCAUCCGUCAUUUGUUAGAGAAAGACGUGCAAUGAAGAGAGAGUAUGAAGAAUUCAAAGUUAGGAUAAAUGCAUUGGUUGCCACGGCACAAAAGGUUCCUGAGGAUGGUUGGACCAUGCAGGACGGGACUCCAUGGCCUGGAAACAAUGUACGAGACCAUCCUGGAAUGAUUCAGGUAUUCCUUGGCCAUAGUGGUGUGCGUGAUGUUGAUGGUAAUGAAUUACCUCGUCUGGUAUAUGUUUCUCGUGAGAAGAGACCUGGUUUUGAGCAUCACAAGAAGGCUGGGGCCAUGAAUGCUUUGAUACGGGUCUCUGCAGUUCUCUCAAAUGCUCCGUAUCUUCUCAAUGUUGAUUGUGAUCAUUAUAUUAACAACAGCAAAGCUCUUAGAGAAGCCAUGUGCUUCAUGAUGGAUCCUCAGUCAGGCAAAAAAGUUUGCUAUGUGCAGUUUCCGCAAAGAUUUGAUGGAAUUGAUCGUCAUGAUAGAUACUCAAACCGGAAUGUCGUGUUCUUUGAUAUCAACAUGAAAGGAUUAGAUGGCAUCCAAGGACCAAUAUAUGUUGGAACUGGGUGUGUUUUCAGAAGGCAUGCUCUUUAUGGUUAUGAUGCACCAGUCAAGAAGAAGCCUCCUGGUAAGACCUGCAAUUGCUGGCCAAGAUGGUGCUGUUUGUGUUGUGGAUCUAGAAAGAACAAAAAGGCAAAGACACCAAAGGAUAAGAAAAAGAAGUCGAAGAACAAGGAAACAUCAAAGCAAAUACAUGCUCUUGAGAAUAUUGAAGAGGGAAUGGAAGAAUUAGCCAUUGUGAAAUAUACUGGUAUUUCGCAAAUGAAAUUGGAGAAGAAGUUCGGGCAGUCUCCAGUUUUUGUAGCUUCCACUCUUCUGGAGAAUGGCGGAGUUCCUCAUGAUGCCAGUCCAGCGUCACUGUUGAGGGAAGCCAUCCAAGUGAUCAGCUGUGGCUACGAAGACAAAACAGAAUGGGGAAAGGAAGUUGGCUGGAUAUAUGGCUCUGUGACUGAGGAUAUCCUGACGGGAUUCAAAAUGCACUGCCAUGGCUGGAGAUCAGUGUACUGCAUUCCUAAACGACCUGCUUUUAAGGGUUCGGCGCCUAUCAAUCUCUCAGAUCGUCUUCACCAGGUUCUUCGGUGGGCUCUUGGAUCUGUUGAGAUUUUCUUUAGUAGACAUUGUCCGAUCUGGUACGGUUAUGGGGGUGGUUUGAAAUGGUUGGAAAGAUUCUCGUACAUAAACUCAGUGGUGUAUCCUUGGACAUCCAUUCCCUUGCUUGUUUACUGUACCCUGCCAGCCAUCUGUCUUCUUACUGGGAAAUUCAUCGUUCCUGAGAUUAGCAACUAUGCCAGUCUCAUCUUCAUCUCUCUCUUCAUAUCUAUUGCUGCAACCGGUAUCAUCGAGAUGCAGUGGGGUGGUGUUGGCAUAGAUGACUGGUGGAGAAACGAGCAGUUCUGGGUGAUUGGAGGUGCUUCAUCACAUUUUUUUGCUCUCUUCCAGGGUUUACUCAAGGUUUUGGCUGGUGUCAACACAAACUUCACUGUUACCUCAAAAGGAGCAGAUGAUGGUCAAUUCUCUGAGCUCUACCUCUUCAAGUGGACAUCAUUGUUAAUCCCUCCCACAACUUUGCUCAUCAUAAACAUAGUCGGGGUCAUCGUCGGUGUCUCAGAUGCCAUCAAUAACGGGUAUGAUUCCUGGGGCCCACUUUUCGGUAGGCUAUUUUUCGCCCUUUGGGUCAUCAUCCAUCUCUAUCCCUUCCUCAAGGGGUUACUAGGAAAGCAAGACCGGAUGCCUACCAUCAUUUUAGUCUGGUCUAUUCUUCUGGCCUCAAUCCUGACCCUUUUGUGGGUCAGAAUAAACCCAUUUGUCAACCGUGAUGGCCCCGUGUUAGAGGUAUGUGGAUUGAAUUGUGACUAAGAUACAUGAAUAAAAACAAGGUCUUAAGAUCAUAAUCAUAAAUGUGGAGUUGCCGAAGAGAUAGCUCUUCCAACUCCGAAUGCCUGAUGCAAUGUUUUGCACGUUGCUUCUUUUGUUGGUUGGUUCGGAUUUGUCGAAGACAAGAUGAAAAUUUUUGUGAAAGCAAGCUAAAGUUGGGGGUGUUGUAGAUAGAAGACCCGGAGACUGACACAUUGUCAUUUGUUACAUGGUUUUUCAUUAAUUCUUUAUUAUAUUCGUCUAUGAGUGUUAGGGUUCAUCUCUUUUUCCCUUUUGUAUUCUGAGUUUUAUUUCUUCUUUUUUUUUCUGUAUUUCUAAGAGAGCAUGAAUUAUAUUUAUUCCCUGUCAAUAUGGGGGGCAUUGUAUACUUGUCUCAAAAUUUU